AUGGCCACUGCUGCAUCAUCUUCAUCCCUUGAGAAAUCGUACGAACUCCCUGACGGACAGGUCAUCACUGUCGGAAAUGAGCGCUUCCGUUGUCCUGAGGCACUUUUCCAGCCUUCAUUCUUGGGUAUGGAAUCUGCUGGUAUUCAUGAAACCUCCUAUAACUCGAUUAUGAAGUGUGAUAUCGAUAUCCGAAAGGACUUAUAUGCCAACACUGUCCUUUCUGGAGGAACUACCAUGUACCCCGGAAUCGCCGAUCGUAUGCAGAAGGAAAUCACUGCUCUUGCACCUAGCACGAUGAAAAUCAAGAUUAUCGCCCCACCUGAGCGCAAAUACUCUGUCUGGAUUGGAGGCUCUAUCUUGGCUUCACUGUCUACCUUCCAACAGAUGUGGAUCUCUAAGCAAGAAUACGACGAAUCCGGUCCAUCCAUUGUCCAUCGCAAGUGCUUCUAG